ACCAGCCCAGUGCCGAAAACUCAGCCUCUUCUGGAUCACGUUCAACUUCACUGAACAACCCCAAAAAACGAUCCAAAAAAGUAAGACUCGAAGAGGAAGGAAGACAAGAAAAAAAGAAAAGAAAAAAAAAACGCGAGGUGCUCCUAACUUCUUUUCACCGCUAUCUGCCAAGAAUUGUCUUCCGGUGUUGACUUUUUUUUUUUUUUUGCGAGCACUGCAAGAGAAAACCCUGCAAAGCACAAAGUUGAACGUGAGAAAUGUGAAGCUACCGGCUUGUGUGUUUCAACCAGGCUCCAGGAUUCCCUAUUAAUCCAUGCAGUACAGUGCAAUGGAUGAAUUUCAUCCCUUCAUCGAGGCACUUCUUCCUCACGUCCGUGCCAUUGCCUACACGUGGUUCAACCUCCAGGCCAGAAAACGCAAGUACUUCAAGAAGCACGAGAAGCGGAUGUCCAAGGACGAGGAGCGCGCGGUGAAGGACGAGCUUCUGAGCGAGAAGCCCGAGGUCAAGCAGAAAUGGGCAUCCAGGCUGCUGGCCAAGCUGCGUAAGGACAUUCGGCAGGAGUACCGGGAGGACUUUGUCCUCAGCGUGACGGGCAAGAAGCACCCGUGCUGCGUGCUAUCCAACCCGGACCAGAAGGGCAAGAUCCGCCGGAUUGACUGUUUGCGGCAGGCCGACAAAGUUUGGCGUCUGGACCUGGUGAUGGUCAUCCUCUUCAAAGGCAUCCCUCUGGAAAGUACAGAUGGCGAGCGCCUCGUCAAGUCUCCACAUUGCACCAACCCAGCACUUUGUGUCCAGCCACACCACAUAACAGUAUCAGUCAAGGAGCUGGACUUGUUUCUCGCAUACUAUGUCCAGGACCAAGACUCACAGCAGUCAGGAAGUCCCAGUAACAAUGAGCCAGGCAAGAACCCUCUUCCAGUCUACUUGGAAGACAGCUUCAUCAAAUCAGGAGUCUUCAGUGUUGCAGAACUGGUGCGAGUGUCCAGAAUGCCCAUCACCCACGGUGCGGCGGUAAACUUCUCCAUGGCUGACAUGCCCAGCCAACCCUACUACCACGACCUGAACUCCAGCGUGGGGCUGCAUCGCUCCCUGUCCUCCCCUCCCGGCAGCAAAAGGCCCAAAACUGUCAACAUGGACGAGAACAUGGACACUAGCCCAACCGGUCCUGACUUCUACUCGUCACCCAGCUCACCGGCCAGCAGUCGGGCAAACUGGCACGAUAGAGACGGAGCAGACAUGUCCUCUCCUACCAUGAAGAAGCCAGAGAAGCCGCUGUUCAGCCCCACCUCUCCGCAGGACUCCUCACCACGACUCAGCACUUUCCCUCAGCCUCAUCACCCAGGCCUAACAGGUGUAGGACACAGUGUUAUAUCGACGAGGAGCCCCCCUCCACACUCGCCCCUGCAGUUCUCGGCCUCGGCUAUCUUGCCCCCGGCGCCGUCGCCCUACUUCUCGCACACCACCAUCCGCUACCCGCCCCACCUCAACCCUGCUGAUACCCUCAAGAGCUACGUGCCGUCAUACGACCCGUCCAGCCCACAGAGCAGCCAGCCCAACAGCAGUGGUCAGGUGGUAGGAAAGGUUCCGGGCCACUUCACCCCGGUCCUGGCUCCCUCCCCACACCACAGCGCUGUGCGACCCGUCUCGCUCUCCAUGCCAGACACCAAGCCCAUCACCACAUCCACAGAAGGCUACUCAGCCCCUGGCACCCCGACGGCUAAUCGUUUUGUAGGCCUGAGCCCUAGAGAUCCCACCUUUCUCCACCAGCAACAGCUGAGGAAGUGUGACUGGAGCGUGACUCAAAACGGCAGGCAUUAUGGCCCCAGUGCCACUGACGACACUUUGGGGAUUACUUGGCAAAGUCCUGGUACCUGGGCGAGCUUAGUUCCAUUCCAAGUGUCGAACGGGACUCCGAUUCUGCCAACAAAUGUCCACCAGAACUACAGCAUAAACAUCAUUGGUGAGCCCCUGGUCCCCGCUGAGACAGGGAACUGAACACACACAGAGGCCGGAUGACCCCCCCCCAGGGUGAAUGGGUGUGUGGGGGGUGUUGGUGGUGCAGAGCUAGCACUACAGGUGUCCGCAGCCAUGGAUGAAACCAGCAAAGCAGCACAAGCUGCAUAAUCGCCCCCAACCCUUCCCUCCCCAACCCCAACCUCUCCCCUUCCAUGUCCCUCCCUCCUGCUCCCGUCCCUACCCCACGAUGGACCCUGGCCGUGAAGUGAAGACGAGGGUUGGUUCAGUGGGCAGGAAAAAAAAAAAAAAGAAAAAGCUUCAGGUGUGCUGUCUCCUCGCCCAGCCCGGCCCACACAUCCACCACCCACCAGUCAGUCGUUGUGUUUGCAGAACUUUUCAAUCCAUUCAAAUACUGUGAUGUAUAGAUGCCUUAAUGUUUUAUUGCAUGACACACUAGUCUCUUAGCGGCAAUUCCUACUAUUUUUCCAUGUUGGGGGAAGAUGUAAAAUCUUGAUUUACACACGCAGACACACACACACACAAGAGAAGAGGUCUACGCAUCUACAACCUCUGCCUGGUGGAUGGCUCAGAGACUCCAAGCUCUCCAGCUCGGACCUCUUGAAAAGAGGCUUUCCCAUGUCAAACGAUUCACUGUGUACACCAUAGGAACAAAAAAAAAAAAAAAAAAUUGUGAAUUCAGAGUGUUUCUUCUUCCGUUUGAUUUCAGUUUACUGUGAUAUGACUCUUUGUUCAGAAAAUGUGUUGACUUUGUUUAUUCUUUACUGCUACUUACUUCAAGAAUUAAUGUAAACACUUACAAUAAGAGUUGAGAACUCUUAAUGCGGUUUUCGAAAAACACUAAACGUUAGGCUUGAGAUUGGCCCCCUCAUUAAAGAAUUUGCAUCUCCUUUACAAAAGGAUUUUGAAAAGACAAUACGAAAAAUCUCGAUAGAGGCAAGUGCAAUUGAAUUUUUGAAGGGAAGCUAUCAGUCUGUCAGCCCUAAGACUCUAAAGGAAGGGGGAUAAAUAUUAAAAUGAUUUUAUGGGUAAAAUGUUUUAGAAAACAUUUGAAUUUGAUUUCAGUCACAUAUCCGUCUCCUCACAUGAAAAAAAAACAUCAAGCGUGAAAGGCUUUUGAAGGCAAGCACUAAGCUACCUGUGCAGCGCUAAGCAAAACCAGCACUUGUUUUGAGCCCUUCCCAUCAGUAUGGGGAUUUUUUUGUUUUUUUUUUUUUAUUUAUUUUGGGGGGAAAAAAAAUAACUGAACAUAAGUAAAGAAAUGAGACGCACCUAGUGUGUAAAAAUGGCAUUUCAUUUUUUAAAAUGUUCACGAUAAGAUCAAGAGCAUAUGCAUUUGGCCAUCAGCUUCUAAAGCUUAUGUUUACAGAAAAAAAAAAUGGAAUGCAAAGUGUUAAUUCAUGGAAAUGUACAAUUCAUGCAAAUGUACAGUAAGCUUAUGUGUAAAGCUACAGUUUGUGCAAGGUUAACUCUGCAGUGGAAGAGGUUGAAAACUGAAAUUGCGAAUCCAGGUGGUGGCAGAUCCCUGAAAUCUAGAAUUGUGCAUGGCAUGUUCACAGCCAUUGCCUCUCCAGUCCAGACAUAUUUAUACAAGGAAAAUCUCUCCAAUACUCUUAAUUUGCACGAUGACAUAUAGUCCACAUUACGUGCCUUGCCUUUGAAUAUAGAGACAUCACUACACUUGUUUUUGCUGCAUUUAUCAUUAUAGAAAAAAAAAAUAACAUUUUUAUGAUAAGAAUUGUUUUGUACUCUGAAUGAAAUUGUUGAUUUUUAACUUCAUGUACUACUCUAUCUCACAGUUACAUUGCAUAUCAAGGCUGUGUAUAGUUGCCGUUUUAAAGUUUGUAAUCAACCAGCAUUUUUUUUUUUUUUCAGUAUUUUGGUGGUUUUUCAGAUAACCUGUCAUCUUUUGUUUUCCUUAUUUUUCAAUGCUCAUUUUGUUCAUCUUCCAGUUACUAUUGUGGAGGGUGGAAUUCAGAAUUAUGAAAAUUAUGCAAUACCAAGUUUUGCCUAUGUAGGUAGUGCUUAUAGAUGCGUCAAUUAUUAGAGGCUAGUUUGGAGAUAGACAAUAUUGUAAUGCAUUUAUUUUGUUGAUAUCGUUGUUUGUCGUUGUUGUUGUUGAUGAUGUUGUUGUUGUUGUGGGUGUUUUCCUUUUUUAUUGACCAAAGUGGGGACUGCUUUCUAUGCAGUGUAUGACAAGGUCUUUUUUGUUUUGUUUUUUUUUGUUAGUUUUUUCUUGCUCUAGCUUAUAGGCCUACCGAAUGACGGUGAGACAAGUUCCAGUGUAUUUUGAAUUCGGGAGUUUAGGGGGAGGGGUGGUAUUUUUCUAGAAGUUAAAAAAAAAUGCACCCUUGGUCUUUCUACGGCUGCAAAGUCACUGAUUGGUCUACUGUGACUCUUACUUUCAACUUUCCACUUGGGGUGCUAGCAUGUGACCUUGAAGGAGCUCAUUUUUCACAGGAGAGACGGCUUGACUUGAGUAUGACAAUCAUUUUAAGAAAUCAUUUUGCGUAGAAUCCCAACCCUUUUCGUAGAUCCCUUAAAGCCGCAACUGAGGGCGGACACCGUCGCGUGCUUUUGUCGAAUCCUACGCCGGACUAUUCCAGACGUCACCGAAUGCAAUUCCCAAGUAGAUGCCUUAAACACAUCAGUGAAGUGGCCUGUGACCUGCGCAACAAUCACACACCGACUAAUGCUCGUGAGACCUGUCCAAAUCAGUUCCAGACAGGCUCAAGCAAGCCUUUAGAAAGUAUUUUAUAAGUAGAUUUGUAUACAUGUAAAUAUGAUAUGCACAUAUGUCAAUUCCUGAGAUACUCCCCCAGCAGAGAGCCCCAUAGAGUAUGUUGAAGUAAAUAUUAGAUCACAGGAGCAUGGUGUUUUCUUACUUCAUGUCCAGUGGUCCAGUAGAGGCUUAAAUAGAAUCCACUAGGAGAAAAAAUAUAGCACUUAAAUAGCACAUAGGCAAUCGUCUUCUUCCCCAUACAGUGUUUUGACCCUAGUCUCAAACUAAAUCUCUCAGGCGUAUUACAGGGCAUUAUUUAUAUCAAUCAUUAUCUUAUCAUUUUUAAUGUAUAAAAUAAAUAAAUAAAGACUUUCCUCACACAGAGAGACAGAGAGAGAGCAGCGCCUCCGAUGCUACUACGACACCUUUUGCACUCUUUCCUUACAAUCGUGAAAGAAAUGCCCCCCCCCCCCCCCACCCCGGAGAGACGGUACUAAUGAGAGCUGUCUCCGACGUCAGCAGAGGGCUAAGGAGCAGAAAACGUUUUUUUUUUUGAAAAAUAAUAAAUCCUCAAGUCAAGCUUAAUCUCUCCAUCUUCACCCAGAUUUCUUAUGCAGGAAAAAAAAAACAAUUGAAAAAGUCACCCCGUUCUAUGUGCACUGUUCUGUCCUUUUUCUUUUUUUUUUUGUUCUUGUUGUUUUAUUCUUUUUUUCUUUUAAAAGAAAAACUAUAAGUGCUUUGCAGCCUUUGGCCAUUGGAAACCCCACUGAAGUGCAUUGUCCCCAAGUGUGUUUGUGAGUGUGUGUGUGUGUGUGUGUGUGUGUGUGUGUGUGUGUGUGUGUGUGUGUAUGCGUGAGUGUGUGAGACAGAAAAAUGUGUCAGGGUCACUGUGCUGUUGGUGUUUAUUUGAAUAGGAGACUGUACAUAAAGGUAAAUAUCCUGAUUGCGUCGAUAGCAGUAGUCUGUGGGGUUGAACUCUGCUUUGGCAGCUUGAGUGUUUGUUUGUAUGUGUGUGCGUGUGUGUGUGAAUUUGUGAUCGAGUGCCUCUGACACUACACAGUAAGAGAAGAUGAGGGUCUUUCUAUCGUAAAAAAAAAAAAAAAGCCUGCCAUAGGACAGGAGUAUGUACACUGUAAACUUUGUCGAGAGUUCUUCUCUGAAGCCCUUAUUUGUAAAUCUUCAAUUCUGGGGAAAGUGAGUCAGUUCCAUUUUAGGAAAAAACAAAUUUAAUUUGGGUUUUGUUUAUUUGUUUCGGAAGCUGGAUUUGAGUUAGAACUCUCCAGAUUUCCCCGAUCAGUAGAAUCUAAAGUGUUUUCAUCAGUUGUUGUAUUCCUGUAUGUAAAGUCACACAAGAAAGGGGGGAAAUGUUCUAUACAGAUCCAUAAAUAUAAAAACAACAACAAUGAAGGCUUUUUUUAUUAUUAAUAUUAUUAUUUCUGAACUUGGUUAGUGCUUAGAUAUUUCCAUUUGGGAAACACUUCAUGACUAUUUGAAUUGUUGUUCUUUCAUUAGUGUGGCCAUAGCGAGUGGGAUGUGAUUUAUCUCCUUUUUUUUUUUUUUAAUUUUGAAAAUGGGUGUGAAUUCUUGUCCAACAAGAUCAUGGUGUGAGUGUGUUUCUUGUAGCAGCUGGGAGGUGAUGUCACUUAACCAGCAGAAAAGGCCCCAGAUUGCACCUGACCCUAAGCGAGAAGCAGGGUAAAAUCUGCAGUGACAAACGUCCUCGAUUUAUCUAUCAGAUUGUUUCUCUCUCUCCUUUUUCUUUCUUUAUUGUCUUUCUUUCUUUUUUUCUUUUUUUUUUUUUUGUUGUUUGGUUCUUUUCAGAGGAAAUGUUGCAAGACGAAUGGUGCUACAUCUCGCCAUAUUUCCGAUUCGGCUGGCCAGCGUUGAGCCAUCUAUUUUGUUCUUCUUGGACUUAAAAGAAAUCUCUUUAAAGAUCAGUCAAAGCAUCAAGGCAUCACUCAUUUUGCACUUUCCACAUGCUGUCUAUGCCUGAUGUAAAAUAGGAAACCCUCAGUUGGCGCUACAAACAAACAUUGCUUUGCAGGUGCUUCUGAAUUGGGUACUGUACCUUCCAGCUGAUAAUAGGUAGUGUAUUUGGGCAUGGUUACGUGUUUCUAUUGCUACGCAGGGUGUGAAUGUAGCCUGUCAAAAAGCUCUUGAAACUUUAUUAAAUCUGAAUCAGUAUUCCACCCAUCAGCAGCUUCAAGAGCCUCAUGUAAAGGCUGAUUUAGACACUCACAACGACCUUAUUUUAGAAAGUAUUAUGUCACUGAUCACUACGAUCACGGAGAAACAGGACAACUUUAUGCAAGGAGGACCCGUGGCACGCAUGCAAUAUGUGUGAUUUUCUCGUUUAACGGAAUGUCACACAUUCUGUAGGGACUGAGAGGAAACAUUAAAACUUCAUUUUCAUCCUACAUGAGCAAUACACACCUUCCAUACUCUGGCUAGCUGCUAGUCACUUGGCAUCAGGUUGUUAUAAAACAUGAAAACCAGCAUUUUUACAGGAUGUAACAUUCACCAAAAGAAGACAAAAAGAUAGCAAUGCAGUGCCUGUUCAAAGCAGUCCAAGUGUCUGUUGUAUAUAAUUGUAAAAUGUGAUAGACUUACUUUCAUAUGUGACGAGAAAAAAAAAAAAAAACUACAAAAAAAAAAACAGCAUCACACAGAACAGAAUGUGGCAAACUCAUCUGGAAAUAUGCUCUUUAUUACUUCUUUGAUGUUUUUGGAGCUUUUUUUUUGUGAUUUAUUCAUUUCCUAAUUAUGUCAGCACACAAUGCCCACAUCAAGCUUGUUCAGAUUUUGAGAGGAAAGGUUUGAGGUUCAUUCUUCUUCUCUUUUUUUUUUCUUUUUUCCUGGGAGGGGGAGUGGGGCGGGGGGGAUCAGUGCUACAUUAUGCGCAGUGAAAGGAUGAAAUAAUGUCUUUUCUUAAAAUUAGUCACCAGUUUUCUCUGCAGGGCUGAUUUUUUUUUUCUUUUUCUUUUUUUUAAUGGGUCUUGUGGCACUUUUACUUCCCUCUGCGCACACAUUUAUACUUUAUGAAUCAUGUUGGAAUUAAUAUGUAACGAACAACAACAACAACACCAACAAAACAAUAUGUAAACAGUCUCCAGUAGUGAUCGUAGUUACACUGCAAACGUGUGCAAAGGUCUAUGUAUGUAUCUGAAUGUACGUUUUAGAGGACUUUUGGAAACCUUUUUUUUUUUGUUGUUUUUUAUCUUUUCAUUUACAGUUUAGGAGUCACAGGUGUCCAUUGUGAACUGUAUAGCGAAGGCCUUGAUAUCCCUUCUUUUAUUGAUUUUAGAAACGCCAAGCGUUAGGCGAUGCCUUCAAGCUGGUUACAUUUGGUGCAGGGGCUAAAAUUGCCACAAGAUUAAAAUCAGUGUAAAUAAAGGCUCAACUUUUUGUGAUUGUUUCUGUUAUAUCCAGCCUAUACUGCUAGCAGCUGUUUUUACUGCAGUCAAUUACUGGAAGUGGAUAUAUUUCCUAUGCAAAACUGUUUAAACAAUAAAAUGAGCUAUGCUACAAAAA